CUGCGCGCCGCUCCCAGGCGUCCUCGGAAGGUCGAUUUGCGGAGCGGGAGCGCGCGUGACUGACAAGACUCUGAUUCGGGAGCGCGCCGUGUCCUUUAACCUUGGGACCAGCGUCGACAUGUCGGGGUACACUCCGGAUGAGAAACUUCGGCUGCAGCAGCUGCGGGAGCUUAGGAGGAGAUGGCUGAAAGACCAAGAGCUGAGCCCUCGGGAGCCGGUGCUUCCCCCGCAGAGGCUGUGGCCUUUGGAGGAAUUCUGGAAUAAGUUUUUGCAAAACAGGACCCCGUGGAGGAACAUGGUCUAUAAAGCAUAUGGACACAGUAUCUUUGCUUUUACUCAUGUGCUUAUACCAGCCUGGAUUAUUCAUUAUUACCUCAAAUAUCAUGUGAAUACAAAACCAUAUGCCAUUGUUGAAACGAAGCCCAGGAUAUUUCCAGGUGAUACAAUUCUGGAAACUGGAGAAAUAAUUCCACCAAUGAAAGAAUUUCCUGAUCAACAUCAUUGAAGAUUGCUUAACAAUUUCAAAGGCCUAUGAGCCCAACUUGGUUCCUACAUUACUGCAAUAUGAAAUAUACUCUUGAAAAGUAAUUUUAAUAAAGUUUACUCUCAGAAAAA